AUGUCACGCUUGAAGAAUGUCUACGGUGAACUACGAAGGGAAAUGACUGCAACAUUUGAACGCACGGAAAUUGUCUCGGUUGUAAGUGGUGAUAAAGCUGGUUAUGCAAAUCUAAAACAUCUUCAUAUGGGAUCAUCAUCACCUGGAAGUGGUGAGAGUAAUGAUCUUGGAGAUACAUCAUCAGAUUUAGAAGAAUUCUUGGCACAAGGAGCGAAACAACAUCAAGGACCACAGACUCAUCCUGGUCUUAUUUGCUGUGCAAUCUUUUCCUUGACGGGAUUUUGCUUACUGUUCAUUGUCGGAUGCAUUGUAAGCAGCAAUUCGUUAUACAUUAAAGUUCGACCACCGAAAGGAAAACCAAAGUCCUCACUAGCGACAAGUAUUUUCCUAGCGGCCUUCUUGUACCUUUGUAUCUUUGGUGUUUUUCUGGCACGGAGGGUUUUAUCUUCGAGUUAUGGUGCAUACGAGACAAAUCCUGCGUCACAUUUUGUAGAUUAG